AUGAAGGGCUCGAUAAACGGUUCCCACCGUGGUUCCAAACAUGCGUUGUCCGUUCUCACAUUAAUUAUUAUUAUAUCUCUUAUUGCGUAUCGUUUUUUCCUGCCGCUCGAAUCGGAGUUGCAGGUUGCAAGAGCGCCUUGGAGUUUUGAAGAUGAAGAUAGAAAUGUUACGAUAGUGGAUUUUUUUAAACCCUUUGACUCCGCGCAUCCAACUUCGCUUCCUUUGAAAGACUACUAUAGAAAGAUUAAUUUAAAGCCAGUGGCCCCUUAUAGUAUUAAUAGGGCUAAUUUCAGCGAAUGGGUCGAUGUGCAGUGUGAGUCGUCGUUUGAGAGACUCUUACAAAAUGUGGCUGAUUCUGAGUUGAACGGGGAUCAUCUGGUAUCUGAAGGAGUUGUUGAGGGUGUUGUGAUCGCUUCGCCUUCCAAGUCCGCGCCGGAUUAUUUUUACCAAUGGGUUCGUGAUGCGGCCAUUACGAUGCAUACGGUAGUCAACAAUUUGUUCCCUGUAACAGUGGCUCCCUAUGAUGCGGGCGCGGGAGCGGUCAAUGUGACUUUGGCUAGAACAGUACUGAAAUACGUGAAUAAUUCCUAUGUUUUGCAAAGAUCAGAUAAUCCAUCUGGCCAGGGUGUGGAUGGUCAGGAUGGGAACCCUUUGAGAGGGCUGGGUGAACCCAAAUGGUUGGUUGAUAAUAAGCCUUUUACACAGAAUUGGGGGAGACCGCAAAAUGAUGGUCCUCCUUUGAGAUCUCUUACUAUUUUCACUUUAUUACAUGAAUUGGCGCUUAAUGGUGUCGCGCUGGAAGAUAUUAUUGAGAAGUGCGGCUUUGGCGCCGACCUGAUAUUUAGGAAUGAUACAGAAUUAUUUGAACAAAUAAUAUACUGGGAUCUAAGGUUCAUUAUGUUUAAUUGGAAAGAGGAUUCGUUUGAUCUGUGGGAAGAAGUUAAUGGAAAACAUUUUUUUACUUCAUUGGUGCAAUUUACUUCUAUAAAGAUGGCCAUUAGUUUCCUCGAGAAGUCAGAGAACGAAUGGACCCGGUUUGAUAAGCAAGUGUUGCUACAGGAUUUGCGUAAAUGUCUAAAUGAUAUGGCUCAAUUCUUGACUUUUGAUUCAGGGUUUAUCAAUCCUAAUAAGAAUUAUAUCGUGGAAACUCCAUCGGUACUAAACCAAAGAUGCGGUUUAGAUAUCGCAGUUAUCAUCGGAUCUCUAUUGACACAUGCCGAGAAUUUUGACGUCGGUGUACCAUUUGGCGUUACCGACACCGGUGUACUAAACACUCUGUAUUCGUUAGUCAAAUCUAUGGGGGUUAUCUAUCCUAUAAACCACCAGAGGGCUCCUUUAAACAUCGGUGUCGCAUUAGGUAGAUACCCUGAAGACAUUUACGAUGGUGUGGGCACUUCGGAAGGCAACCCAUGGUUUCUAGCCACCUCGGCGGCUCCCGAAUUGCUGUACCGUUUGAUUCUCGAAAAUUACAAAUUACAAAGAGAUUUGGUAAUUCCUCUGAACCGUUGGGAAUCUGAAUUUUGGACACUAGUGUUCGAUGGGUUCCAACAUUACACGGACCAGGAAUACCAAUUAGUUAUCCCCUGGGGCUCACCAGCGUUUGGGCAAACAAUGACCGCUGUAUUCGAUCUGGGAGAAUCCUUCCUCGACAAGAUGCGCGAACAUGUAAGCGACGCAGGCGAGAUGAGCGAACAGUUUAACAAGUACACAGGCUAUUUACAAGGAGCCCACGACCUAACGUGGUCCUAUGGAGCAUUAUGGUCGACUUGUCACGCACGCAAACAGGUCCUACCACUUGUUAGCGCUUAA